AUUUUGGCCAUUAUUUGCUACCAAAUUAUUUGUUUUCCAUUUAUCUUUUUCUUGUAUUUACAUUUAUAGAGUGGACUGUGAUAUUAAAAUCGGCUGUGACGUUGACUCAAAAAAUUUGGUGAUCUCAUAUGAGUGACUUUUAAGUUAUUGUAGAUCUCUAUAUACCACAUAGAGAGACUGACAGACAAUGUGCCAAGAACUCGAAUGAGUCCUCUUGUUAAUCAGAGCCCUGAUACCUUUUUGAGCAACCAAUCUUCCUAAAAGAUUAAGUUGUUAAAUAAUGUGUAUGUCGUGCUCUAAUUGGGUUAUUGGAUUCCAUCACUCCGUGUUUCUCAGGAUUGGUAUUGGAUUAGAUGUUUGCUGUUACAAAACUGGAGAGUUCCUGCUUUCUUCGCAGAUCAACUUUUAGUUUCGAUUGAUGAAUUUCUUAUCUAUAUACUAAUUAACAGAGUUAUGCAUCUUUUGGGCUAUGUUCUUUUAAGGAAAUGGUGGUUGAACCAUCUCCAAGUUGCAUUAUUCCUUAUUUCCUUUUGGACACUAUCCUGUUAAGAGUAGUAGAAAAGUUGAAAUUUUUAUCAACAUUUGUUUUAUUCAUUUAAUUUACAAACUUGAAAUUAUGAUUCAUCCUUUUAAUUGCUUCCUAUUUUUGUAAGAAAAAUGGAAGAGGUGAAUGGACAAGAGGUGAUUGGACGUGUGCUCGAGAUAAGAACAAUAUCAUGGCAAUAUAUUUUUAGGAUUUAAUGGUUGGAUGACCUGGAUUCAACAUUGUCAGUGCCGUCUGACGGUAUGAAUAGAUGUGCAUUUAGUUUAGCAGGACUGACCCCUUGGGGUCGUCCUAACCGCCAUUCCUCCAAAUCCUUCAGAAUAGGAGUGAAAAGGGGUUCUGAAGGACUCAGGCAUAUUGGUCGACAACUUAGAUCUGAAAUAACGAAGGCAAUGUUCCCGGAAGAUCUUAAAGUAUCUGAGAAAAAGAUAUUUGACCCUCAAGACAAAUCCCUCCUACUCUGGAAUAGGCUUUUCGUCAUAUCAUGUAUUCUUGCUGUAUCUGUGGAUCCUUUGUUCUUUUAUCUUCCUAUUGUCGAUCACCAAUCAAGUUGCCUUGGCAUAGAUCCCAACUUAGCUGUCACAACUACAACUGUUCGUACGAUAAUUGAUGCUUUCUACCUUAUUCGCAUGGCUUUCCAAUUUCGCACAGCUUAUAUUGCACCAUCAUCUAGAGUUUUUGGAAGGGGAGAACUUGUGAUAGAUCCUGCGGAAAUAGCUAAGCGAUAUUUACAGCGGUUUUUCUUCAUUGAUUUUCUUGCUGUGUUUCCCCUGCCACAGAUUAUAGUUUGGAAAUUUCUCCGCAAGGGAGAAGGCUUGGAGGUGUUGGAAACUAAACAGCAGCUACUUGUUGUUGUCUUUCUUCAAUAUAUUCCCAGAUUUGUCCGGUUUAUACCUCUAACUUCAGAACUAAAAAGGACUGCAGGUGUCUUUGCCGAAACUGCUUGGGCUGGUGCUGCAUACUACUUGCUGUGGUACAUGCUUGCCAGUCAUAUUCUUGGAGCUUUUUGGUACUUAUUUGCUGUAGAACGCUAUGAUGCAUGCUGGCAUAAAGCCUGUGUUGAGAGUGGGAAAUGUGAGGUUAAUUUUUUGUACUGUGGGAAUCAGCAUAUGAAAGGUUAUGGUGCUUGGCAAAAUAUCAGCAAGACUGUUAUUGGUAUGAUGUGUUCCCUUAAUGAUGACAAUCCACCAUUCAAUUAUGGAAUCUACACCCAGGCUCUAAGUUCCGAUAUUAUUGCCUCUGAGAGUUUCUUUACUAAAUAUUGUUACUGUUUAUGGUGGGGCCUACAAAAUUUGAGUACACUUGGACAGGGGCUACAAACCAGUACUUAUGCUGGAGAGGUUUUGUUUUCAAUAACACUAGCUAUUUUGGGGCUUAUCCUUAUGGCACUACUGAUUGGAAACAUGCAGACCUAUCUUCAAUCCCUGACUGUUCGGCUGGAGGAGAUGAGGAUUAAAAGGCGCGACUCAGAGCAGUGGAUGCAUCAUCGCAUGCUUCCUCAAGGGUUGAGGGAACGAGUAAGACGGUAUGAUCAAUACAAGUGGUUGGAAACAAGGGGAGUGGAUGAGGAGAGCUUGGUCCAGACUCUACCCAAAGACCUCAGGAGGGAUAUUAAACGCCAUCUCUGUCUCAACUUGGUUAGAAGGGUUCCUCUGUUUGCAAAUAUGGAUGAAAGAUUGCUUGAUGCCAUUUGUGAGAGGCUGCAACCGAGUUUAUUCACGGAAAAAACUUACAUAGUGCGGGAAGGGGACCCAGUAGACGAGAUGCUCUUCAUCAUACGCGGUCGCCUUGAGAGUGUGACUACAGAUGGUGGGAGGAGUGGGUUUUUUAACCGAGGCCUACUGAAAGAAGGGGACUUCUGCGGAGAGGAGCUUCUAACUUGGGCUCUGGACCCUAAAUCUUCUUCCAACUUACCAUCAUCCACCCGCACGGUGAAGGCUUUGACUGAGGUCGAGGCUUUUGCCUUAACAGCAGAGGAGUUGAAGUUUGUUGCAGGUCAGUUUAGGCGUCUCCAUAGUAGACAGGUUCAGCAGACCUUCCGUUUCUACUCACAGCAAUGGAGGACUUGGGCUGCCUGCUUUAUCCAAGCUGCAUGGCGUAGGUAUUCCCGCAGGAAAAUGGCAGAACUCCGGCGUAAAGAAGAAGUGGAGGAAUAUGAAGAAGAAGAAGAAUAUGGUGAAGACGACAAAGAAACAAGGAGGUUAGUUGGGGAUGGUGGUGGUUCAUCCACCCUUGGUGCAACCAUCUUAGCUUCCCGGUUUGCAGCUAAUGCUCUUCGUGGCAUCCAUAGGUUCCGGAGCAGCAGUUCUACAGAGUUGUUUAAACUGCAGAAGCCUCCGGAACCUGACUUCACCAUUGAAGACACUGACUGAUUAAUCAAGCUUUAUAUCAGCCCUCAUUUUACCUACUUACCUUCCCAUGCCUCUACCCAAUGUUUAUGCAUAUAUAUACCAUCCAUCCCAACCCCCAAUUGUAAAUUCUGUGUUUUAGUCACAACAGUUUAUCUAAUUUCGUCAAGUCUAUCUAUAAAAACCCAACUCUGUUUGGCAGA